GCGAAUGCAAGUAAGGUAAAGUGGCAGCGCAUAGUUUAGUUAGAGAUACAUCGGCAACACGAGUAGCAACAGCAACACAACCGGAAACGGAAGUAAACAUUUGAACGAUAGUGUUUGUUAUUUGAGUCUUGCGGUAUUUGAUCAACGUAAAUCGUUUAACGCUAAACUGUUAAAGCAAACCAGAAACAGCAGCCAAAGUUAAAAGGCACAGCGCCAAAAACAAAACGGAAACGGAUAUUCAAAGCUAAUUACAGAAAUUUAUUGUUCUAACGCGCUCUAAUAUAAAAAGUUAAAGUGCAUUUCCUAAAUAUUCCGCAUUUUUUAACUCCAUUUGUUGCAUUGGAUCAACGAUCACCAUUGACGGUGGAGUCCUCCUGCCCCAAACGGAAAAAAUGCGAUAUGGAUCGAGAGCGCGAAAGAGAUGCAAAGUCCCUGGAGCCGCGCGACCUAUCGUCCACGGGUCGCAUAUACGCCAGAAGCGAUAUUAAAAUCAGCGCUUCGCCCACUGUCUCGCCAACGAUCUCAAAUUCCUCAUCGCCCACACCGACGCCACCCGCCAGUUCCUCAGUGCCACCGCUGGGCCUGCCGGGUGCAGCAGCUGUGGCCGCUGUGGCAGCAGCAGCGGCCGCCGCAGGUGCUGGACCCGGCAGUGCUGCGGCCGCGGCUGCCAGCGCCAGUUCCUAUUUGCACGGCAACCACAAGCCCAUCACUGGCAUCCCCUGCGUUGCAGCGGCUUCGCGGUACACAGCACCGGUGCACAUCGACGUGGGUGGCACCAUCUACACCAGCUCGCUGGAGACACUCACUAAGUAUCCAGAGUCGAAGCUGGCCAAGCUCUUCAAUGGCCAGAUACCCAUUGUGCUGGACUCGCUGAAGCAGCAUUAUUUCAUCGAUCGCGAUGGCGGAAUGUUUCGUCAUGUGCUGAACUUUAUGAGAAACUCAAGACUUCUAAUUGCCGAAGAUUUUCCCGACCUGGAGCUGCUGCUUGAGGAGGCACGCUACUACGAAGUGGAACCGAUGAUUAAGCAGCUGGAGAGCAUGCGCAAGGAUCGCGUACGAAACGGCAACUAUUUGGUGGCGCCACCCACACCGCCAGCGCGCCACAUCAAGACGAGUCCGCGCACCAGUGCGGCGCCCGAAUGCAAUUACGAAGUUGUGGCGCUCCACAUAUCGCCAGACUUGGGCGAACGCAUUAUGCUGUCGGCGGAGCGUGCACUGCUCGACGAGCUCUUCCCGGAGGCCAAUCAGGCGACGCAAUCAAGUCGUAGCGGUGUAUCCUGGAAUCAGGGCGACUGGCGGCAAAUCAUACGCUUCCCACUGAAUGGCUAUUGCAAGCUAAACUCGGUCCAGGUGCUGACAAGGCUGCUCAAUGCCGGCUUCACCAUCGAGGCGAGCACCGGCGGCGGUGUCGAAGGACAGCAGUUCUCCGAGUACUUGCUGGUGCGUCGCGUUCCAAUGUGAUAAGCUUGUCGUGGACACAAUGUAAUCUAUGUGCGAAUUACGCACUAAUUGGUGGCAGCCCCUGGGCUGACCACAACACACCCACACCCACACACACACACACACACAAACACACACACAUACAUACACAUUCAUAAAAUAGAUGAUUCAUGCGUGUGGUAGUAGUUGGUGAGCGAAGGAAGGGGGCGAAACUGUCUGCGGAAUGCAAUAUUGGCGAUGCUUCGGUUGGAGGAAGAAGCUUGCAAAUUUGAAUCCAAAUGUUAUUUAAUGUUUAUAAAUUAAGUUUGCUUGUAAUGACACCCACACACAUACACACACAAACACACACACAAACACACACACAAUCACACUCGUAUAUAUAUGCAUAUACAUAUGUAUAUGUAUAGUAGCUGUGUUGUUAUUCGAGUAAUUUAUUAUUAUGCAUAAACACUUACAUACUUCUUUAGAGUCUAGUUCAAGAGCCCAGCACUGAUUUGUUUAUGGCCUAAGUUUAUAUGGCGGAUGUUUUGUUUUAAAGUACAUUUGAGUUGUUCACUUGUUUAGGAGUAGCCACACAAUGUAAGCCAUGUCUCGGACAUGCUCGUACAUACAUACAUAUCUUUCAGAUACUUACUACAUACUUACAUGCGAGUACUGCAUGUAGUGAACGACUAAAAACACACGCAAACUAAGCGAAUUACACUCACAUACACACACGGCCACACAGUCUCGCCCGCAAUACAAUAUAGCAAUAGUUUUGUAGUAAUUGAUGUAAUUGAACUUUUAUGAAUGUAAACUAUGAAUUACCUUCUUCAAUAUACAUACUUAUAAAUAUUAUUAAUAAACAUACAGACAUGCAGACACCUAAGUCGAAGUCUAUACAUACCUACAUACAUACAUACAAGAAUUUGAACCGGAACGUAUAGAUAUUCCAUAAAAGUUUGCGCGUAAUCGUACUCUAGAAAAUCAAUUAAAUUGUCUUAAUUACGUAUUUAAAUAAAGGAAAUUAUGUGUAAAGAG